CAUACCAAAGAUAAUUAAUAUGAAGAAGAAACUUUCCCUCAUCGAAAAUGGAACAUCGAGAAAAAAAUCAUUCAAUAAGAGGAAGCCAGAGGAGUUGAUGAAGAAACUCACCGAGCCGGUGAAUCUCUGCGAUUUCAAAGCAUGUGCGGUCAUCUACAGUCCGUACAACUCAAAUCAUGAAGCUGUGCCGUCAAGAGAAGGUGUUGAAGAAGUAGUGUCGGAGGAGUUUAUGGAGGUUUCAAGGAAUGACCGGAACAAAAAUCUGAUGGAUCAAGAGGCUUUUUUGCGUGAGAGGAUCGAAAAAGAACAAAUGGAAUUGAAAAAAUUGCGUGAUGAGAACCGAGAUUUGAGGGCUCGGGAAAUUAUGUGGGGAUGUCUCGGUGGAAAUAUUGAUGUGCAUCAACUCGGUGAAAAAGAUCUUCAAGAUUUGAAUUCUGUUAUUGAUAACUAUCUCGAUAGCGUUACUAGCAGGAUGGAGAUCCUUAAAAAGAAUGGUGAGUCUUCUUCUUCUUUACCUCCUCUUGUUGUUCCAGAUCUUAAUGUUGAAGAGGAUGGAACAAUUCUUUCCAUGGAUGGCAGCCACCACCAAUCCGAAACUACUCGUCUCGCUACCAUCACUACCACCGCUGCUGAUGCUUGUGCUCCUAACAUCACCAAUAAUCCUUAGUCAUAAGGGGAUUUUUAUCCGAUCGAAGAAUUUAAUCAAUUGCAUUUCUGUUGUCUUUCAUUUUAAAAGUUAAAAUUUCAAAGUGAUGUUUCUUUUGUUUUCUGGUUUUUGUAAUAAUUAAAGGUUUUUCCUUUAAAUCUGUUGUUAUGUUAUUUUUCAAUACUAGGUAAUGAAUUUGCUUGGAAAUU